AUGGGAACAUUACAGAUCUCAGUGCCUGCUGAUCCGGAAUCCAAAAGGAAAUGCCGACAGAGGAACUCGGGUUACUGUGGGAAUGCUAUAAUGGUCCUGCAAAAAUUCGACAGAACUCAACUUCUUCUCUGUGGAACCCAUGCCCGUGAACCACGAUGUUGGCUGCUUUUGAACAAUGAAUUGAACCCAAUUAUCAGAGAAGGACGUCACUUAGGGCUAGGUGUAUGUCCCUUCACCCCAAAACAUGGCUUCACUUCAUUGGUUGAAGAAGGAAGAUUCUAUUCAGCAGCACCUGUAUAUGAGAAUGGACAUGGUCUGCUCCUUCGAGGUUAUAUGAUGGAAGCUGGUGGGUCAUGGCUACUUUCUGUUGACAAGUGGCUGACAGAUCCUAAUUUUGUAGGAAUGUCGCCGAUGAAUGACCAGAUUUUCAUGUUCUUCAGGGAAAAAAACAUGCAGAAAAAUCUAGACAUUGACCCCUGGAUGUCACGAGUUGCCCAAGUGUGUAAGGAUGACAAAGGUGGUUCUAGACAGCGCUUGCAACAUAAGUGGGCAACCUUUCUGAAAGCACGACUGCUGUGUAAUGUUCCUACUGAUCACGUGCAUUUCAACCGGAUUCAAGAUGUCUAUGUUGCUAAAUUAAAGAACAGUAAAGACAGAGUUUAUGGAAUUUUCAAAAGUAACUGGAACGGCACAGCAAUUUGCACCUACUCCGUGAAGGACAUUAAUGAUGUGUUUAGAACUUCCAAAUUCAAAGGUUUCUCUGAAGGUAUUCCUAAUCCCAGACCUGGCACGUGUGGCAAAGACACUCAAAAACUGCCAGAUAUAGUACUGAACGUUAUACAGAAUCAUCCUGAAAUGGACACCAACAUCCAGCCAAUCGGAAAAACUCCCCUUGUGAUGGAGAAAGAGGAUCGCUUCAAGAAAAUAGUAGUGGAUUCCGUUGUUGAUUUCAAAGGGAAUGUGGCCUGGGUUCUUUUCCUGGCUAUGGGAAAUGGUAAAAUCCAGAAGUUCCUUGAGAUCAGUCAGUCAGUGUUCACCAUUUCAGAACUUGAGGUUUUAAAGGAGCCAGGACCAAUCUUGUCAAUGUCUCUUGACUCUGAAAGCAAACUUCUGUAUGUUACCACUGCCAAAGAGCUGGUCCGGUUCCCAUUGGCACAGUGUGAAAAAUAUGCUGGUGACUGUGCCAGUUGCGUUAUGGCCAGAGACCCCUACUGUGCAUGGAAUCCCAGAGAGAAGAAAUGUGUCCCCAGCACAACCAAACUUAAAUAUUUUAUCCAAGAUCUUGAAAAUGGCAAUUGUAAGAAAUGUCCUCCAGAGAGAGUCAUUGAAGUUAAAAUCAUCACCCUUCCUCAAGGGAACUGGGCCUGUGUACCUGUCCUGCCCAAAGCAAUCCCAUCAUGCCGUUUACUCAUGGAAGGUACAGGACGAGAUGGAGACCUGUUCUUCGAAUGGAGAUGAAUGUCUGCUCUUCAUAAGGGACAUCUCUGAAGUCAAUGGUUGCCGCUACAUGUGUAAUUCAAAUGAAAGAGGACACGAACAGCUUCAUAUCUCUUAUUACAUUCAGGGCAGUGGGUCAUCAAUAUAUUUAUCCAGAUAUA